AUGCCGGAUGGUUUCUUGAAGAUAUGUCACAACACUGGUUUUAGCGAUUUUAUUGAGCUUUUAAGGUGGGUAAUAUAUUAUGGGAAACCCUGUAUAAUUACGAUUUUAGUACUAAACACACCUCAAUGGACCAGCGUCUGUGGAUUCAAGCACUUUCCGGCCCCUCCAAACUUUGAUCAUGUGACCAUUCCUGAAAGAACAAAGUUAACCGUGAUGGAAAGAGUACCACAGUUUCCGCCCGGUUUGAAACCACCAAAGAUGCAAAAACGUCUACGCUACAUGCGAGGCAAAGAAAUGGUUCAUAACUUUUUAUUACAUCAACAGUAUGGGAUUAUGGCAUUGGGCGGUGGACGGUUAAAAUAUCAGCACUUUGAGGUAAUGAGGUUGGGUAUCGGACGCAAAAUGGACACACAACGUAUGUUUGCAAUAUGGCGAGUCGACGCGCCGUGGCAACCGGUCACGAAACGUGGACAAGGACAGCGCUUGGGUGGUGGCAAGGGUGCAAUCGACCAUUACGUCACACCAAUCAAAGCAGGGCGAAUCAUUGUAGAACUGGGGGGGAAAUGUGAGUUCGACGAGGUGAAGGAUUUUUUGCAGAAAAUCGCAGAGAAAUUGCCAUUCAAGGCGAUGGCGGUGUCUCAUGAGCUGUUGCAGGAAAUGAGGCGAAAGGAAAUAGAGGAUGAGAAAAAUAAUUUAAAUUUUUAUACAAUGAAAUAUGUAAUUCAGAAUAAUAUGGGCGGGUGCCAAAAUUGGCUGUCCCCAUUUGAUUUUAAAUGGUUUUGUAAGCAUGUUUGAAAACUAGCGUUGAUAAUAAAUUAAUAGUUUUUUUAAUAGUG